AUGGUGCAGGUUAUUCGAGAGAAGAUAUUGAACCACCUGGGCACUGAGUCGGUGCCGAUUGUCAUCGUCGGCAACAAGAGCGAUCUGCGUCCCGAGCAACGCCAGGUCAGCGCCGAAGAGGGAAAGAAGCUAUCCGAAAGGAUCCAGUGUGGAUGGACCGAGGCGAGCGCGCGUUAUAACGAGAACGUCUCCAAGGCGUUUGAAAUACUGAUCGCACAGAUCGAGAAGGCACAAAAUCCAAACGAGGCCGCGGAAGGCGGCAAAUGCACACUCAUGUAA